CGUGCUUCCUGUUGCGGCAGCAUGGGCAGAGAUCGCUGGUCAUGUCUGUAGAGAUGGUGGAGCUCUCCAAGGAAGCGGCUCCGCCGGUCCGAAUCACCGGACUACUUCAGCAGAACCGUGUUUUCCUCGAUUACUUUUGGGAUUUGGCUAAACCGGACCAGGAGGUUCGACUGCAAGCCGUCAAGAACUUGAUCGAGCACCUGAAGUCUAAUGACAAGGACGAUGAGUUGGAGUACACGCUUAAGAGGCUGGUGGAUGGACUCGGUCACACUCGAGAGGCCGCGAGACCCGGGUUUAGUCUGGCUUUGGGUCAGCUGCUGAGUGCAUUCGAUGACAUCACCCUGGAGAGUGUCCUGGGCAGAAUCAACGACAAGCACGAUGUGAACAAAGUGAAAAAGAAACUGGUCAGAAACGCCUUGUUUGGGAACCUGUUUGGGGCCCUGGCCCUGCAGCAGUCGGGACGCCUGGCUAAAGAACCUCAGGCUGUGUUGGGCUGUGUGAAGCUGCUCCAGAGUCUGACUGAGCACAAGCAACACCUGAAGGACCUUCCAAACAAAACCAUGAUGGACAUCCUCCACGAAAUUCCAGAGGAGGUGUUUGAGGAGGUUCUACUGGGAGCCCUCAAGACGGAGCUGGAAUCAGCCUUCCAGACGCCGGAGCAGCUGCAGCUGCUUCUGGUUGCUCUGCAGAGGUUCCCUCACACACUCAAACCCAAAAAACUGAAGAAGCUGCUGGGCUCCUCCACCAUCAUAAACACAGAGAACAUCCCAAAGUUAACCGAGUUGCUGAGAGCAGCCGGACGAUCAGUGAAGAAGGAGUGCAUCCUCCCGCCCGUGGCCCUGGACCUUCUGAAGCUCUCUCUGAGGGAAGACACUUUCCAGCUCUUCUGGAGGAGCGCUAUCGUCAACGGGCUGCUGAAGGACUCGCCUGGACCUUCUCACUACCUGAGCCUCCGUCUCCUGGGAAGUUCUCUGCCGCUUCUGUCUGCUGAGCAGCUCAGGGAGGUUCUGUCCAGUGAGGUGAUGGUGCAGUACGGACAUCAUGUCAUUUCAUCUCAGAAAGAAGAGCGCUUCAAAAUGGCUCCAGAGAUGGAGGCGUACGUGUCGGACUUCAUGCAGGGUUGCCAGGAGUCGGACCGUCAGUUGGCGGUCAUGGUGGGCUUCUCCUCCCUGGCCCACCAGGGUUACCCCGUGGUCCCGUCCGUGUGGCGGGUGGUCCAGCACCUUCAGCCUGAAGCUCUGCAGAGCUACGUCACCUGGUUAAAGAACAUGUUCCUGGAUCCUCAGAUGGAAAAGCUGCUGGAGUUCAGCACCAACAAGCAGAAACGUGGUCGAGACAUCAAGGAGCCGAAAGAGACGCCGGUGUCCCGUCUCAGGAAGUGGAUCGUGUCGCGACUGGCCUCCAUCAUCGACAACCAUAACCUGAAGAAGCCCGAGAGUCUCAUCAUGGACGUGGCCAGGUUUGUCUUCUUCCACGCGUUCUUCACUGCCAAGAAGAAGAUGGCCGACAUUCCUGAGACUGGAGAGAAGCUCUCUGUGCCCCUGGAGGAGAAAACCAAGCUUGUCAUCCUCAACUCCUUCUUCGGGCUGCUGAUGUCCAUGCACCACAUGCCGCCCGCCGGGGACUCGGCUGAGGUGGCCGUCAGCUCCAAGCGGGCUCUUGGUGUGACGGCUGACGGCACCAUGUGGAUCCACCACCUGGUCCAGUUUGCAGACUCCCUGCUGAACCAGCCCAAGCACGUCCAGAGCAGCCGUCCCUUCAGUCCGGAGCAGAGACAAGCCUGGGAUGGCAUGAUGGAGUCCGUGUCCAACCUGAGCAGGAAGUCCAAGCGAGGCCAGCUGGCAGAGGGCAGAGCGUUCCAGCAGCUCUUCCUGCUGGUCGGGAUCCACCUGUUCAAGGCGCCGGACGAGCUGCUGGACAUCAUGAAGGACCUGCAGAGCUGCGUGGACAAGGCUCAGGAGAAGAAAGCCAAGAAGAAGAAGAGGAAACAAGAUCCAGAGGCGGAGGAGCCGGAGUGGGUGGAGGUGUUGGUGGACAUCCUGUUGUCCCUGCUGUCUCAGCAGAGCCGACACAUCCGACAAGUCUGCAAAACCGUCUUCUCGUCCGUCUGCCCCCAUGUCACGGCGACGGCGCUCACCGCCAUCAUUGAUGUUCUCCGCCCAGACCAAGACGACGAGGAGGACAACGCCGUCAUGGUCACAGAUGACAGUGAAAACCUGAAGAGCUUUAAAGCUAAAGGAGAAGAGGAGGAGGAGGACGAUGAAGACAAAGAGAUGGAGGUGGAGAAGUCGGACGAGGACGACUCCGAUGAAGACGACGACGACGACGACUCGGAUGACUUGGAUGAGGACGACGAUGCGAUGGUGGACCAAAACUUCCGGCUGCAGAUGAUGAAGACCCUCCAGAAGAAGAACGCUCUGCCCUCAGCUGGCGACAGCAGCAGCGACGAGGACAUCGAUGACGACGCCAUGAUGGAGCUGGACAAGAGUCUGGCUGCCCUCUUCACCGAGCAGAAGAAACGGGUCCAGGCCAAGAAGGACGAGAAGGCCAAGCUGAAGAAGGAGAAGACCCUGGUCCGAGAGUUCAAGAUCAAGGUGUUGGAUCUGGUGGAGGUGUUUGUCGCGCGGCAGGCCGGCAGCCCUCUGGUCCUGGGUCUGGUGGAGCCUCUGCUGUCCAUCAUCGAGAGAGGGAUGAGCCCCGGCAGCGACCAGCAGGAGCAGGACUUCCUCCGCCGAGCCGCUGACAUCUUCAGGAAUCAGCUGUGCAGGUCCAAAGUGUACUGCAAGACUGCCGACGACAGACAGGGGGAGCUGCACGACCUGCUGAGCAAGCUGAUGGACAAAACCCUGAAGAUGUCCGAGUCUUCCGUGGCUCUCUACUACUUCAGCGCCGCCCUGUUCGUGGUCAAAGUCCUGCGAGGUUCUCCUGCCGCCGACGCCAAAGAGGAUCCGAAGAAAGAGGCAGACCUGAGCUUCAUGGGCAAAGUGGACCUGGACCGGGUCAGCACCAUCUUCCGCGAGGCCCUCACCUCCUUCAUGAGCAGGAGGAAGAGCCCACUCACCACGCAGAUGUUCACCGACCUCUUCACCAGGUUCCCGGUCCUGUGUGUGAAGCUGCUGGACUCAGCCGUGCAGAGCAUCACGUCUGGAGUCAGAGACCACCAGCAGGGUCAGGCGUGUGUGCUGGUGCUGCGGGCGCUGCAGAGCCGGGAGGUGCAGCAGUUGCUGAGCGGCCAUCCGUGGACGGAGCAGUGCGAGAAGGUGACGAGUCAGCUGGCCGCGUCUCUGGAGAACCUUGGUCAGAUGGAGAACAAGCUGGUGAAGGAGAAGGUGGUGAAAGUCCUGGAGCUGGCUCAGUUCCUGGUCAAGACGGUUCAGCAGCAGAAACUGUCUGUGGACUUGAGCAGGCUCCAGAAGGUCCUGGAGUCGCUGACCAGCGUCGUCGCCUACCAGAAGACGGGGAAGCUGGAGGACACCUACUGGGCGCUGGUGAAACGCUUCGGUGUCAUGAAGCCCAAAGCAGAAAAGACGAAGCCGCUGAUGGAGGCGGAGCCAGCUGCUGACCAGCAGGCGCUCCCCAAGAAGAAGAAAGGUUUCCUUCCAGAGACAAAAAAGAGGAAGAGAAGAAACGCAGCAGCCCCAGAAGCUGAAGCUGCAGCGGAGAACGGCGCCGAGUCUGCAGACAAACCCCAGGCAGAGAAGGGGCCGAGCAAGAAGAACAAGAAGAAGCGGAAACGGACGGCAGAAGGUGCCGCGGCGCCGCCGCAGCCCAGCGCCGCCAAGAAGAGCAAGAUGCAGCCAGGUGACAAACCAGCCAAGAAGAAGAAGAAGAAAGCCAAACAGAAGAAAGAGGGAGGACAGAACUGAACAGACACUUUCUUAAAAUGAUUCUUAAAGUUGUUUUUGCUUGAUGUGAGGAAGUGAAGAGAUUAUUUUCUGUUAUGUGAAAGAAUAAAUGUAUC